AUCAGUUCCAAUUUUGCUCUAUUAACGAGUACAACUACCAAUAAUACAUACUAUAUUAUUAAAAUAUCAUUAUGUAUACUACUAAUUUGAUUAUUCUUGCAAUUGCAACAAUUGCCAUUGUGCAAAUCAGUGGCAUUCCUGUUGUUGAAGACAUCAAUGGCAACGCAUACUAUUUGGUACCACUAGAUGGACUUGAAAGUCAUCAUAGACAAGUCAGAUCUGCGAAUCCUCAACGUGAAACCACAUAUGAUAUUGGCAACCAGCACGCUGGUCUUGGCCAAAAAUUCACUUUUGUAGACAACGAUAAUCACAAAUUCUCUGCGCAUGCAUAUGGUGGACGUGAUUUUGGUCCCAAAGGACCUUUGACUACUGGACAAGGGGCUGAAUAUCUUCAUAAACCAUCAGGCAGCAACUUCCAAGUGAACGCUGAGAAUACUCGCGGUGCUGGAACUGACUUCAAGGCUUCCGGUACUUACAACUUCUUCCAGACUCAGGACAAGCGUGGUCGUGUGGGUGUUGGCGGCGAGUACGAACGCCAUUACAGAGGACCAGGUGGCACUUCUAAUCCUAGAUAUAAUGUUCUGCUUAAAGGCAGUUAUGAUUUUUAAACAUGCUCUUGAAAAGGUGUUUGUCGAAGCUUUAAUAUUUAUAAUACUAAUGUGUAAAACUUAAAUUAAUGAAAUUAAUUAUAAAUAAAGAACAUUUGACAAUAAA